AUGCUACAUCACAGGGUGUUAAUUGCUAUUGUGAUUCUUAUGUUCCCUUGGGCUUCUUUCUCCUGUUCAGGCUUGCAUCAGAUCUCGCAGAACAAGGUGGCAGUGUUGCUUCUGGCUGGAGGACAAGGAACUCGCUUGGGAGUGAGCUAUCCCAAGGGCAUGUACAACGUGGGAUUGCCCAGUGGCAAGACCUUGUAUCAGAUCCAAGCAGAAAGAAUCCGCAAAGUGGAGCAGCUUGCUGGCCAGAGAUACCACUGCAACUGUGCCAUCCCCUGGUACAUCAUGACGAGUGAGUUCACGCUGGGGCCGACAGAGGAUUUCUUUGUAGAACAUGGCUACUUCAACCUGGAUAGAUCCAGAGUGGUUAUGUUUGAACAGAGGAUGCUGCCCGCUGUCACUUUUGAUGGGAAGGCCAUCUUGGAGGAGAAGGGGAAAAUUGCUAUGGCUCCAGAUGGUAAUGGUGGCUUAUACCGUGCUUUGGUGGAUAAUAAGAUCUUGGAUGACAUGAAGCAGCGUGGAAUCCAGUAUGUCCAUGUAUACUGUGUGGACAAUAUCCUUGUGAAAAUGGCAGAUCCUGUCUUCAUAGGCUUCUGUGUUUCCAAAGGAGCAGACUGUGGUGCAAAGCCCUCUGUCCUGUGGCUGCAGGUGGUGGAGAAGGCCUACCCCAUGGAACCUGUCGGGGUGGUGUGCUGUGUGGAUGGGGCCUACCAGGUGGUGGAGUACAGCGAGAUCAGCCUGGAGACUGCACAGCAGCAAAGCCCCGAUGGCGGACUGGUGUACAGCGCUGGCAAUAUCUGCAACCAUUUCUUCACAGUUGAGUUUCUGGAGAUGGUAAACCCGAAAUAUGAGCCGCAACUGAGGCAUCAUGUAGCCAUAAAGAAGGUGCCCUACAUUGACGAGGAGGGAAAUCUGGUAAAACCGCUAAAACCGAACGGGAUAAAGCUGGAGAAGUUUGUGUUUGAUGUGUUCCAGUUCUCUAAGAAUUUUGUGGCAUUUGAAGUUUUGAGAGAAGAGGAGUUCUCGCCACUAAAAAAUGCAGACACAGCUGACAAAGACACUCCUACCACAGCUCGGCAAGCCCUCCUGGCCCAGCAUUACCGCUGGGCUCUCAAGGCUGGGGCCAGAUUUCUGGAUGAAAAUGGUUGCAGGAUACCAGAGAAACUUGGUCUCUCAGGAAUGGAAGAUCCUCCAGCUGUGUGUGAGAUUUCUCCAUUAGUGUCUUACUUCGGAGAGGGUCUGGAGGUGUACAUGAAGAACAAAGACUUCCCUUCUCCCUUUGUACUCAAUGAAAACUAA